AUGUUGUCGAAGAAAGAUACACACAUCGUUGUGACGCCUAUCCCUGGCUUUAUCCCUCGCCAGCUUGCCUUGGAUAUCCUUCACUCGCAUGGAGAAAUCAUCACGCUUAACCCGUUGGUUCUGUCGCAUCGCCCCAUCACCGCUCCUCGCAACGCUUCGCCCGACGAGUUCUACAGCACUUGGUACGAAAUCACAGAGCGAAUCCAAUAUGUUCCCGGCAUGGGCAAGAUAGGCUCCGGCCAAAUUCAGUUUAACGGCUGCUUCCACAACAUGCCCUGGGGCCUACAGACUCACAUCUACGCUCCCAUGGGUAUCGACCUGCGACACCGCUACCGCAUUGCGGGCAACCAGCCUGGCAUCGAGCCGCCAGAGCCCCAUGAGCUGGGCAACGAGAAGCUCGGCGUCCCAAAGGAGGGCCUUUACCUACGCACCGAGUCUGAAAUCAAGUGCAACAUUGCCAUGAUGAGCUUCGUCAAGGGCCAGCUCAAGCAGGCCAACAAACUCAUGGUCGACCGCAUCAUCAAAAAGGCCGAGCUUCUCGACGCCGGUAUCCUGCAGGCCAUGAUGGAAGACGGCAAGCUCAAGACGGUCAACCCCAACGAUCGCUCGCAGACUUUCCGCACCAGCAUCGCUGCACCACCGACGCCCGCAUCACAGCACGGCACUCCAUACAUGCCGCCCGUUUCGCCCGACCUCUCCCACUCUCGCCCCAAUUCAGUGUCACCCGCGCCGUACCACAGCCUCAACAGACACUCUAGCCAGGUCAGCCACUUUAGCCAGCAGUUUACACCGCAGCAACAGCAGCAGGGCUUUGUUCCGCAAGCAGGUCCUCUGCCAUCCAAGGAUUCUCAGGGUUUCGCUAUGGAGCUCCCCGGAGACAUGAACUAUCUCCAAACCAGCCCUCCUCCCCCCAACUACCAGCAAGACCCCCACUCACGUCAUGUCUCUGUCAGCUCAACCCAAAACUGGCAGGGCUAUGCUCAGGGUCAACAGCAAGGCCACCCUGCUCAGUAUCAGCAGCCACAACAGUUGCAGCCACAGAUGAGCUUUACGGCUGAGCUUGGCAAUACUGAGAUUCCCCAUGCUGCAGCCCCGGCCAAAUAA